UAUUUUAGUGAUAGUGUGAGAAAGAGUUGUCAAAUUCUCACAAACUAUUCUCCACUUGCUCCCCAUUCACCCUUUCUCUCUCUAGAAAAGAAGAACCCUUAGCGUAAACUCUGCGAACCGAAGAACCCCAAAAGGCUUUCAAUUCAAUGGCUAACAGCAAUCUUCCUCGAAGAAUUAUCAAGGAAACUCAACGUCUUCUCAGCGAACCUGCGCCUGGGAUAAGUGCGUCGCCGUCUGAAGAAAAUAUGCGAUACUUUAAUGUCAUGAUACUUGGUCCAACACAGUCUCCAUAUGAAGGAGGUGUCUUCAAGCUCGAACUAUUUUUGCCUGAAGAGUACCCAAUGGCUGCUCCUAAGGUUCGAUUCCUCACCAAAAUCUACCAUCCGAACAUCGAUAAGCUUGGAAGGAUAUGUCUUGAUAUUCUUAAAGACAAAUGGAGUCCUGCUCUUCAGAUCCGUACAGUACUUUUGAGCAUUCAAGCACUUUUGAGUGCUCCAAAUCCUGAUGAUCCACUCUCUGAAAACAUUGCUAAGCACUGGAAGUCAAAUGAAGUUGAGGCUGUUGAAACGGCUAAGGAGUGGACACGCCUAUAUGCUAGUGGUGCAUGAAGAUAUAGCAACGAAAUAUUCAAAAUAACAAAAAUCAUGGAAUGUAAUCAAUAUUAAUAUUGACUGGCUUAUCAAUAUGACGCCCGGAUAGCACCCUUGAAAUUGUAUAAUUGAACAUGACACCCUUUGGUUUUUUAAUGUUCAGGAAUGAACUUUGUUACAACAAAACUGGAAAUGGUAAGGAUUUUGUCACUGCAAAGAGUAGUAAAUGAUUCAGAUCUGUGGGUU